AUGAACAGUAGGAGCAAGAGGGAGAGGCCGACAGCCGGAGGAGGAGACAGACAGCUGGAGCGGGAGACAGACAGCUGGAGAAGGAUACAGACAGCUGUAGCAGGAGACAGACAGCCGGAGCAGGAAACAGACAGCUGGAUAAGAAGACAGACGGACCAAAAGACAGACGGGCCAAGAAACAUCCGGAUCAAGAGACAGCUGAAUCAAGAGACAGAUGGAUCAAGAGACAGAUGGAUCGAGAGACAGACAGACCAAAACAUAGACGGACCAAGAGACAGGCGGACUAAGACAUAUAUGGACCAAGAGACAGACGGGACAAGAGAGACGGACCAAGAGACGGCUGCAUCAAAAGACGGCUGGAUCAAGAGACAGCUGGAUGAAGAGACGGCAGGAUCAAGAUACGGCUGGAUCAAGGGACGGCUGGAUUUUGAGACAGCUGGAUCGAGAUACAGCCGGAUCAAGAGACAGCAGGAUCAAGAGACAGCUGGAUCAAGAGACAGACGGAUCAAGAUACAGACGGAUCAAGAGAAAGACGGACCAAGAAAUAGACGGACCAAGAGACAGACGGGACAAGAUAAAGACGACCAACAGACAGACGGGACGAGACGGCUGGAUCAAGAGACAGUUGGUUCAAGAGAUGGCUGGAUCAAGAGACGGCUGGAUCUAGAGACAGCCGGAUCAAGAGACAGCCGGAUCAAAAGACAAGACGGCUGGAUCAAGAAACGGCUGGAGCAAACGACGGCUGUAUCUAGGGACAGCCGGAUCAAGAGACAGCCGGAUCAAGAGACAGCUGGAUCAAGAGACAGCUGGAUCAAGAGACAGACGGAUCGAGAGACAGACGGACCAAGACAUAGACGAACCAAGAGACAAACGGAUCAAAAGACAGAUGGACCAAGACAUAGACGGACCAAGAGACAGACGGGACGAGACGGCUGGAUCAAGAGACGGCCGGAUCAAGAGACGGCCGGAUCAAGAGACAGCCGGAUCAAGAGACAGCCGGAUCAAGAGACAACUGGCUCAAGAGACAGCUGUAUCAAGAGACAGAUGGCGCUGGUGUUGUCCUCUGCACAGUGUCUGGCCGCGGUCAGGGCUGGGGAGGGAGGGGGCUUGUUUUGGCCGGGCGUCGCCCCAGGAAUAGCCACCUUCAGCACUGCGGCCAUGCGCUACAGACGCGGGCAGUGCGGAGGCAACAUGAGCACGCGACUCAACACGGAGCAGGCCUCCUCCACUGUGCUCCAGUUACGGGAGAAACACGUGCACAUCCAGGCGGAGCAUAAGGCCCGCUUCUUGUAA